UUAAAAUGGAGACUAAGACUGACAGAGGGAUUAAGGAUCUAAGGAACACCAUCAAGAAUCAUCUUGAUAAUUCGAAACUUAUUGAUAAGAUCAGGAGUAAAAUUACUGUUGAAGAUCUUACUAAGAGUGAAAAUCUUGAGAAGUUGAAGGAAGAAGGAGUCGUAGGAGAGAUUCUUGGAGAGUUGUCGGCUAAGUUGAGCGGCAGAGGGAAAAGUAUUAUAGGAGGGUAUGAGGUGGCAAAGGCUUCAGGAAGAUAUGCAGAGCAUAAGGAGUUCUUGGAUCAUAAGAAGAAGUAUAUGAUUGUUAAGGCGCUGAGAGGGUCGGCUUUUGUCGACUAUUUGGACCCAAGGAGUGAUGAGUAUUUGACAUUAAGCAUUAGUUAUUUGGAUCAAAGAUAUAGCUCUUCUCCUGUCACUUGUAGAUCAGAACCAACUUUUGAUUUAACUAUUCAUUUUGAAAUCCCUGAAGCGUUUGAUUCUCACACUAUGCUUAAAAGUUACGCUCCUCUUGUGUUAGUACUCCAGAAACAUAAUGGAUUGAGCACCAAAGGAGACACUUCUCAUGGGAGGCCUGUUAUUCUAUCUACAUCUUUAGUAGACUGGAGGGAGCUUCUAUGCCAUAACUCAGUUGACAUUAACAUAGAAAUGAAGCCAGUCAGUAGAGUUCUUAAAGGUUCAGUAGGAAUAAUCCAUCUCGAAAUGGACCUCGAGCCUGGGUUCAAGAAAUCUGAGCUGUGCUCUCAGCUUUUAGUUAAGAACCAGCAAGACACAGAGAAGAAAUUGGAAACAGAAUCGGGUUCGAAAUUUUUAGAAUAUGCCAAAGAUUGGGACAUGGAGUAUAAAGGAAUGAGGAAAAGCCAUAAAGAUAGAUUAGUCAAGAUUUAUGUUGAAACUGAUGAUAGAAACGCUGCUUAUAGGCCGACCUGCUCACUUGUGUACCCAAUCAUGGCUGAUAGGAUGCUCGAUACUCCUUAUCAUGCAAGUAGGUUUGUGUCCCUCAUCCCAUUUCAAAGAAUUGAGGGCUUUGAUAAAGAAAAGAUUGAAAUUUGGCAUUCAAUGCAAGCCUUUCUGACUAGAGGUUGAGGGGAUGUUGAAGAUCAUGCUGUCUUGCUCUGCAAUUUACUACUCGGAUUUGGACUAGAUGCUUAUGUAUGUAUUGGAACUAAUUCUGAAGGAGCUCAUGCAUGGUGAUUGACCAUUGAUAGCUCCUCUGAAAUCAAGAGCCCUAAAGCAAUAUUUUGGGAGUGAUUAACUGGACAAAGAUUUUCACUCUCUGAUCCAAGAAUUCAUAGGUUUUACAGAACUAUUGGAUGUGUUUUCAAUCAUACAGCUUUUUACGGGAACAUUCAAGCAGAUGAUAGAGUGAUCAGUACAAUAUUUGAUCUUGAUGAUGAAUCUCUUUGGAUGCCAAUGAAGCCAAGGAUGAUUGAGGAGCUCCAAUCAGUACCACAAGCUUCUUUAAUGCCAUCCACAGUAGAUGUUUAUGAAGAGCAAAAGAAGCUAGAAAAAUCGCUAAAAGAGAAAGUAGGUGCUUACAGAGCCAAUGAAUGUCAAUCAAACACAACAUGGGACUCUCAUCUGGGCUAUUUAUUAAACCAAGCAUUGAUAAGUUAUGAAAUGCAGAGACUAUCUAAUCAAAAAUUCUCAGAGGAUGAGUUUAAAGCUUGCAUUCAGAAUUAUGUUCCAGAAGGAACUACCUUUAAAGCCUUCCCAAUCCAAUUCAACCAUUUUGACCCUGAGAUGAUGGUUAUAGCAAUCAGUAAGAGCAAGGUAGGGUUUGAGAUCCUCUCAAAUUCUGAAAUCGGUGUGAAGCAUUCCAUUUGUGCAAGAAUAGUCCCAUAUCCAGAGAAUAUGUGUGCUGUGUGGGUUAUGCUAGCAAACCAAUAUAAAGCAUUUUAGUAAUUUUCUAUAAA